UACUACGUACUAGUGAUUAUUUGAAGUAAAAACAUAAUAGAACUUUCUCCAUCUACCUGCAAUUACUUCACAUAACAAAAAAGAUUAUGGUUAUUGAAGAUGGUGGGAUCAAAACGAAAGAAAGCGCUAGCGGAAAUGUUAAAAACGGAAAAUGAAUACAAUGAAGUGUUCGGUAAGAAUCUUUUGGAGAAAAAAGAAAAACUGGAUAAAGAGUUUCCUUUUGAAAUAAAGAAAGUGGAGGAAAGUGUAAACAAGCAAUUACUUCAAGAUUUCACAGGAGAACGCACAGGAUUCGUUCAAGUAGGGAAGAAAAAAUGGUUUUUUCCGAGCGGCUUCAAAGAUCAAGCAGCCAGCUUCUACAAUUUUGAAGUAAGAGAGAGCGAUGUUUGGAUUGUUACUUUUCCAAGAUCAGGUACCACUUGGACCCAGGAAAUGGUUUGGUUGUUGGCCAACAACUUGGAUUACGAGAAGGCAGCGGAAGUUCCUCUUGUAGCCAGGUUCCCUUUUUUGGAAUUCAGCUGUUUCGUACAUUCAGAAUUGAAAGCCGAAUUUCUGAAGGAAAAUGUGGAUUCAGUUUCGAAAAGGCAAAUGAUUGAAGAGAUAGCCGAGCCUAUAUGCGAUUAUUUGGACAAAUUUGAAGGAAGGAGGUUUAUCAAAACACAUCUGCCGUUGAGUUUGUUACCAAAGAAUCUUUUAACUGCCGGUUGUAAGGUAAUUUAUAUCGCAAGGAAUCCAAAAGACGUUGCUGUGUCGUUUUACCAUUUAAAUCGACUAAUAAGAACUCAAGGAUAUAAAGGAGACUUCCAAACUUACUGGGAAUACUUUCAGAACAAUUUACAACCAUGGACUCCUUACUGGGAUCACAUCAUAGAAGCUUGGAACUUAAAACACGAAGAAAACUUACUUUUUAUGUUCUACGAAGAAAUGGUCAAGAACACUAAACAAGCAAUUCGAACAGUUCAGAACUUUCUCGGUACAAACUAUGAUGAACAAGAACUAAACACACUGCAAGAACACCUUAAAAUCGAACACUUUCGAAAUAACAGUUCGGUAAAUUUCGACGUCUUGAAAAGUUUAGGAAUUCUUAUCACAGGAGAACAAGAAUUCAUCAGAAAAGGUAAAAACGGAGGAUGGAAGGACAAAUUCGACAAAGACCUAAACGAGAAAGCCGAUAGAUGGAUCGAAGAAAACCUGAAAAGAACUGAUUUGAGGUUUCCAGAUUGAAUUACAGUUUUAAAGUUUAAGUGGAAAUGUAAUUUAA